UCGACGUCGAGAAUUCAGCUUCGCCGUCGAGGAAAAGCGGUCGUCUGCGCUUGGUCUUCUUAAAAAAGUUCGCACGGGUUUAGCUUGAAAAUCCUUAUACUUUAAGUGUGUGAGCGCAGCCUCGGCUCCAGGGAGUGAUGGGCUGCCAGAGAACUUGCACAGCAAAGUGAGCACCACUUCUAGCUUGGUUCACUGACACAUCCAGAAAGAAAGAAAGAAGUAGAAGCAACAGUUAGGUCAGCUUGAGGAGUUGCCAUCUCAGAUUUCAGUUCAAAUGCCCUUUAGCUGGGUAUGCAGCCAAACAAAAGCAGAAUACCAGGCAGCACAUGUGGAGACCCAGUGUUCAAGCACUACAGAGAGCAGUGCCUAUCCAGCAACAGUCAGUCAGGGCUAUGUUUUACCAGAAGGAAAAAUCAUGCCCAACACAGUCUUUGUGGGUGGAAUUGACUUAAGGAUGAACGAAGCAGAAAUUCGGAGUGUCUUUGAACAAUAUGGUACUGUGAAGGAGGUGAAGGUCAUCACUGACAGAAGUGGUGUUUCGAAGGGGUAUGGAUUUGUGUCUUUCGUGGACAAUGUGGAUGUUCAAAAGAUAGUUGAGUCACAAAUCAACUUCCAUGGUAAAAAGCUGAAACUGGGGCCAGCAAUCAGAAAACAACAAAACUCAAAAGAUUCCUGCGUGCAUCCCAGGCAAAUAGUUCUUGGUCCUCCUCCAACACAGUUCCAGAGUGUAUGGGGUAAUCAGAAUAUGGAGACAUAUGUGCAGCCUCCACCUGUCAUGAACCCAGUAACACCAUAUGUUCAGCCCUAUCCAUACAGUUCCUCACCAGCUGUAGUGCUAAAGCAGCAAGUUCCCAUAGGAUAUCAACCGGCUUACAACUAUCAGACUCAACCACAGUGGCUUGCUGGGGAGCCAAGAAAUUAUGUAAUACCUCAAACUCCGGUGUAUCCUUCAGUGAACUAUCAUGGCUCUGAGGAUCCAGUAUUUAUACAGAUGGAAUGUGCUGUUCCAGAGCUCAUGCAGUUGCCUAGUAGCCCACAAAAGAAGUUCGUGGAGAGGGGCAUGCAAACAGUACUAUCCUGUCUGUCUAAUCCUGAAAACCAGCUGACAAAUGAGUUUGUAUCACAAGACAGCAGUGUAAAGAUUUGCAAUCUCUGAUUACAUUCCAAGUCGUGUAAUUUCAGGAGGGUAAGACAUACCACUUCAGAAAAGGAAAGACAGUACACAAAGCCAUUUGAUCACCAAAGACUUCAGAGUAUCUAAAUUAAUGAACUAGAUGGUACUACAGUUCAAUUUAGCUAUACAGAAUGUAACAAAGUUACAUUCUCAAAGUUACUUCGAGUUAUGUUUGUGCUCAUGUUCUACCUGUUCUGAUACUGUUGUUGCUUGAGUAUUUUGAAGUUCAAAGUUGUAAGAGUUGAUAAACUUCAGUGUUACUGUUUGUGUGUUUCCCAUGAUAGCUGACUGGAAUGUUAGAGAGUUUGUUUCCUUUAUGUGGAUUUUUCUCUGAGCUUUAAGGUACAGUUUGCAUAUUACACAGUUUGCAUAUUGUUUUCCGUUAACACACGGUUUUUCGUUAACUACAAUUUGACUCAUAUUGACCAGUUAACUCCUGCAGUUCAAAAAUGGAAGUAGUUAUUUGCCCAAGAGAAUGUGUUUUAAGACUGAGCUUUUAAAUCAGUGCAAAAGAAGAUGAGCAGUUGUAACUGAACUGAACCCUUGUAAGUCCUGCUUGCCUUUAGAUGACAUAAUCAAUGUGAUUAUGUUCAUUGAUGACAGUCUAUGUACCUGCAGUCUUGAGCAUCACUUAUUUUUGGGUAAGUAAUGAAGAGAAUCCUAAAAUUCCUGUAUGUAACUUAAAAUGGAAGAAUGUUAUCUGUAUUGGAUACUCAGUCAGCCAAUACAAGAUUUUUUACUUGAAAAAUCUUAGCAAUACCUGUAUUUUAAACUUCUGAGAAAAUACUGCACUUAUAUAAGCCUUUGUUAUGUGAUGCAAACUGUUAAUCAAAGAAUGUGUAUGACUGUUUUAAUAAUCAUGUAGAUUUUAGAUGUGU